GGCUUCCUCCGCUCUCUCGCGAGAUCGGGCGAGGUUUCCGGUGUUGUGACUGCGGGGCCGUAAACAUGGCGGUGAGUCUCCGCGCCCGCUCGCUGAGGCACCUCCGCAUUCGAGGCCGGAACGACAGCGGCGAGGAAAACGUCCCCCUCGAUCUCAGCCGAGACCCUUCUGAUAACCUGAGAGAGAUUCUCCAAAAUGUGGCCAAAUUGCAAGGGGUUUCAAAUAUGAGAAAGCUAGGCCAUUUGAAUAACUUUACUAAGCUUCUUUGUAAUGCUGGUCAUACUGAAGAAAAGCUAGGUUUUACUUAUGAAGACAUCAUCAUAUGUUUGCGGUUAGCUUUACUGAAUGAAGCAAAAGAGGUGCGAGCAGCAGGGCUACGAGCCCUUCGAUACCUUAUCCGAGACUCCAGUAUUCUGCAGAAGGUGUUAAAAUUAAAAGUGGAUUACUUGAUAGCCAGGUGCAUUGACAUACAGCAGAGUAAUGAAGUAGAAAGGACACAAGCACUUCGUUUAGUCAGGAAGAUGAUCACUGUGAAUGCUUCAUUAUUUCCUAGUUCGGUUACCAAUUCCUUAAUAGCUGUUGGAAAUGACGGCCUUCAGGAGAGGGACAGGAUGGUUCGAGCAUGUAUUGCAAUUAUCUGUGAACUAGCAAUUCAGAAUCCAGAAGUAGUUGCACUUCGAGGUGGUCUAAGCACCAUUUUGAAAAAUGUGAUUGACUGUCAGUUAAGCCGUAUAAAUGAAGCUCUCAUAACGACCGUCUUGCAUCUUCUCAAUCAUCCAAAGACUCGACAGUAUGUGCGUGCAGAUGUAGAAUUAGAGCGGAUAUUAGCACCCUACACAGACUUUCACUACAGGCACAAUCCAGAUACUGCAGAAGGACAACAGAAGGAGGACCGAGAAGCACGGCUGUCUGCUAGUAAAAUGGGAAUUGUUGCAGCAUUUAGAUCGUGGGCAGGCAUUAUUAGUUUAUGCAAGCCUGGAAAUUCCGGGAUCCAGUCUCUCAUUGGAGUGCUGUGUAUACCUAAUAUGGAAAUAAGGCGAGGACUGCUUGAAGUUCUUUAUGAUAUAUUUCGCCUUCCUCUUCCUAUCGUGACAGAAGAAUUUAUAGAAGCACUUCUCAGUGUAGAUCCAAGCAGGUUUCAAGAUAGUUGGAGACUUUCUGAUGGUUUUGUAGCUGCAGAAGCUAAAGUUAUAUUACCUCACCGAGCCAGAUCAAGGCCUGACCUCAUGGACAACUACUUGGCACUGGUUCUCUCUGCUUUCAUUAGAAAUGGACUCUUAGAAGGUCUAGUUGAAGUAAUCACAAGCAGCGAUGACCAUGUAUCCGUCAGAGCAACAAUCUUACUUGGGGAACUUUUGCAUAUGGCAAACACCAUUCUUCCUCAUUGUCAUAGCCAUCACUUACACUGCUUACCAACUUUAAUGAAUAUGGCAGCUUCUUUUGACAUCGCAAAGGAGAAGAGACAACGGGCCAGCGCUGCACUAAAUUGUCUAAAACGCUUUCAUGAAAUGAAGAAACGAGGACCGAAACCUUAUAGCCUUCAUCUAGAUCACAUUGUUCAGAAAGCCAUGUCAACACAUCAGCGAAGGGAUCAGUAUCGUGUGCAGAAAGACAUUUUUAUUCUAAAGGAUACAGAUGAAGCACUGUUAAUUAACCUAAGAGACAGCCAAGUUCUUCAUCACAAAGAGAAUCUUGAGUGGAAUUGGAAUCUGAUAGGGACCAUACUUAAGUGGCCAAAUAUCAGCGUAAAGUUCAACAAAGAUGAACAGUGGAACAGAUUUAUACGGCGACUGAUGUAUUUUUACAAGCCCAGCAGCAAAUUGUAUGCCAACCUGGAUCUGGAUUACGCAAAGGCCAAACAGCUCACAGUUGUAGGUUGCCAGUUAACUGAGUAUCUCCUUGAAUCUGAAGAGGAAGGAAGACAGGAAGGAAAGAAGGAAGGAAGGCAGGUGCAACAAAAGCAGGAUGGACAUGGUUACCUCGAAGAGUUAGUGAAAGAUAUUGUACACUGGCUCAAUUCUUCUUCUGGACUGAAACCGGAACGCAGCCUACAGAACAAUGGGUUACUUAACACUCUCAGUCAGCACUACUUCUUGUUUUUUGGUACGCUCUCCUGUCAACCCCACGGAGUGAAAAUGCUUGAAAAGUGUAACGUGUUUCAGUGUCUUCUUAAUCUUUGCUCCUUGAAGAACCAGGAUCACUUACUCAAACUGACUGUUUCUAGUUUGGACUACAGCAGAGAUGGAUUAGCAAGAGUCAUUCUUUCCAAAAUCCUAACGGCAUCUACAGAUAGCUGUAGGCUAUAUGCCACAAAACACUUACGAGUACUGCUGAGAGCCAACGUAGAGUUUUUCAGCAACUGGGGAAUCGAGUUACUGGUCACCCAGCUCCAUGACAAGAAUAAAGCCAUUUCUUCUGAAGCACUUGAUAUCCUCGAUGAGGCAUGUGAAGACAAGGCAAAUCUUCAUGCACUUAUUCAGAUGAAACCAGCGUUGUCUCAUCUUGGAGACAAGGGCUUGCUUCUGCUCUUAAGGUUCCUGUCAAUCCCAAAAGGGUUUUCCUAUCUAAACGAACGAGGCUAUGUGACAAAACAAAUGGAGAAAUGGCAGAAGGAGUACAACUUAAAGUAUGUCGAGUUGAUAGAAGAGCAACUCAAUGAAGCACUUACCACAUACCGCAAACCUGUAGAUGGCGAUAACUAUGUUCGCCGGAGCAACCAAAGAUUACAGCGGCCACAUGUCUACCUGCCAGUUCACCUCUAUGGACAACUGGUACACCACAAAACAGGCUGCCAUUUGUUGGAAGCUCAGAGUAUUGUUCCUGACCUGAGUUACACUGUUCGUUCCCCCAUGCUGGAUAAAUGGGAAGGGAUUAAGCAGCUGAAGGCAGCUCUCUGGGCUCUGGGUAAUAUUGGAUCAUCAAACUGGGGUCUGAAUUUGCUUCAAGAAGAAAAUGUCAUCCCUGAUAUAAUGGCACUCGCCCAGCAUUGUGAAGUCCUAUCUAUUAGAGGGACGUGUGUCUAUGUGCUCGGCCUGAUAGCCAAAACAAAACAAGGUUGUGACAUUCUGAAGCAUCACAACUGGGAUGCAGUGAGACACAGUCGUAGGCAGCCUUGGCCAGUCGUCCCCGAUGACAUGGAGCAACUCUGCAACGAACUCUCCUCUAUUCCCAGCACGCUUAGUUUGAACUCUGAAUCUACCAGUUCAAGGCACAACAGUGAAAGUGAAUCUGCACCGUCAAGUAUGUUUAUUCUGGAAGAUGACAGGGUUGGCAGCACCUCUACCAGCACAUUUUUCCUAGAUAUAUCUGAAGAUGCAGAACAGAAUUUCUACGACCGAUCUGGGCCCUUGAAAGAUAAGGAUCGCAAUCCCUUCCCCUUCUUCACUUCCAGCAGGCUUGUGAAGAAUCGCAUUUUAAAUUCUCUAACCUUACCUAAUAAAAAACAUAGGAGUAGCAGCGAUCCUAAAGGUGGCAAACUAUCUUCUUCAGAGAGCAAGAUGGGUUUGAGACGAAAUCGUACAGUAACUGAGCCUUCCAGCAGCAUGGAUUUUACACGAGGCGAGGACUUCGCUCCUAUGUUCCGGGUGCCUAAAAUCCACACUCUGAAACUAGAAACGUCAUUUGUCGGGAGCAGACACAGCGAAGAUGCAGAUAGCACUCCAAGUAUAGGCGAAAAUGACCUCAAGCUUCCCAAAAGCCUUGGCCACGAAAAUCACCGGGAAAAUGCCAGCCGGGAAAGACUGAUAGGAGAGGUUUCUACGCAGACUCACUUCAAAAGCCGUAGCUUGAGUUUCAAUACAGAUACCACAACGAGUGGCAUAAGUUCAAUGAGUUCGAGCCCUUCGCGGGAGACUGUGGGAGUGGACACUACAAAUGUAGACACGGACAGUGGGAGUUUAAGUACUGUGGUGAGUACCAAGACAGUUAAAACAAUCCAGUGCUCAACCCCACAGCCUAACCACCUCCCCCUCUCAAAAUCAAAUUCUGUCUCCCUGGUACCACCAGGGUCCUCGCACACCCUUCCUCGGAGAGCACAGUCGCUAAAAGCUCCUUCGCUCGCUACAAUAAAAAGCCUGGCUGACUAUAACUUCAGCUACACCAGUUCGCGAGAUGCCUUUGGGUAUGCAACGCUCAAACGCUUGCAGCAGCAAAGGAUGCACCCCUCUUUGUCACAUUCGGAAGCCCUGGCAUCUCCAGCAAAGGAUGUGCUCUUCACAGAUACAAUUACCAUGAAGUCUGGUAGUCUAGACUCUCGACUAACACCAAACAGGUUCAUGAGAGCUUUAAGUUAUGCAUCAUCUUUAGAUAAAGAGGAUUUAUUAAGCCCUAUUAACCAAAACACACUGCAGCGUUCUUCUUCUGUUCGUUCCAUGGUGUCUAAUGCUACUUACGGAAGUUCAGAUGAUUACAUUGGGCUUGCUCUCCCAGUUGAUAUCAAUGAAAUAUUUCAGGUAAAGGAAACUCCUUAUUUCCAGAAGAAGACCAUGCCUUCACUUGAUGAACGAGGCGCUAAAAUAUUUCCCCAUGAUGCUGGAGCCUCUCCAGGUGUGCCGAGUGGUUCUUCCGAGAUGGUGAAGAGUCCCUUCCAGAUGCUUCGCCAGCAGAUCAGUCUUACAGAGAUAAUGAACACAAGCCGCUCAGAUGCUUCUCAGUUCCUUGAAAGCAUGGAAGACACAGGGCUCCAAGAGCACACAGAAGAGAAUUGCCUUUAUUGUGUCUGCACACACAUUUUGGGCUACCAGCAAAACAAAGUGAAUUCUUCCUAUAGUCACACCGAAUUUUCAGACAUUCCUUAUUCUGACUGGUGUGGAAAGCCCAUGCACAAUCACUUGGAUGUGGUCCCCCAUUCCUCAAAGUUUUCUGGGAUUUCGGGAUGCAGCGAUGCUGUAUCUCAUGGCUCAACUAGUAGCACCAAGAGUACGGAUAUUGUGAUAGGUGUAAAGUCAAUCCCAGAUGAUACCCCUGUAUGCCGCAUACUACUGAGAAAGGAAGUCUUGCGAUUAGUGAUCAACUUGAGCAGUUCAGUAGGAACUAAAGGACAUGAAACAGGUCUCUUGACAAUUAAAGAGAAGUUUCCCCAAGCAUUCGAUGACAUAUGCCUUUACUCUGAAGUGUCCUACUUGCUAGCCCACUGCACAUUUCGAUUACCAUCCCGAAGGUUCAUACAAGAGCUCUUUCAAGAUGUCCAGUUUUUACAAAUGCAUGAAGAAGCAGAAGCUGUACUAGCAACAAAUCAGCAAACAGCUAACCCAUCAGCUGAAUCCUGACCCCUUGUUUUUUGUGGUGUGGUUAAAUAUGAAGUUGUCGGUAGCCUCGGAUAAUAACGUCUAAUUGACUGGGCGAAGAGAAGAGAAGCAUUCUGGGUACAAGUAACAGAACCUCUCCUCCAUGAAACUUGCUUUCCCAUCCAUCCAUCUGAGCCCCAUGGGAAUUGUUAAAACAAUGAAAGUAGCAAUUACCAAGAUAUGCAAGGAGAACGAAGCACUGAACACUUGCACAGGUUUUCAUUUCACUUAUUUUGAAACGCAGCAUCGUAAUAAUAGAGGACAGCGUGCAGGGACGUGUUGUACAUGGUUGGUUUUUUUACUUCCGUUCAGGACAGAGAGUGAUGCCUUUUAAACCCUGGAUCUCGGAGCAUCUAAGGCUCUAUCUCCAUUGUCACCAAUGGAGCUGCUCGAACUGUGGACGUCAGGGGAUUAAUGACGGCUUUCUGUGAUAUUUUUCCUAAUGUUUGUGAAACACUACUUGGAGAAUUUCUGAUCUCUGAGAGAGAAAGAGAAUCCUUAGUAACUUGGGGUAGUCUUAAGUUAUUUUAUUGUUACAACAGCAAAAAUCCUUAUUUGUGUUAGCAGUCGGUCCAGUUUUGUUGCAGUUACAUGUGAUGAUGUGUUAACUGAACCAAUUAAGGAACUUCACUACAGUUUGAUUU